CCUACAAAACACCUGCCAUUUCUGUGUCUCCCAGGUACCUUAUCCUUAGAACUUUCAAGCAACUCUGUCCCAAACCACUUUAUUUACUCUCUGGAGAGCUAUUUGGGACCCUGCUCACGGUCAUCACGUGAUCUAGCAGAAGGGCGCAGGCUCCAUGAACUCGAGGCAGGGAACCAGAGGAGAGUGACAGUUUGCGGAUUUCUCCCCCCAUGGAUCGUUGUGAGGAUCCGAAGAGCAUAUGGCUCAAGGGCAGAUCAUAAUAAUGUUAACGGUGGCGAGGUAUGCCCGCUUUUUCAACGUCUGAACGCAUUUCAAGAUACUCACCAUGGUCGCCUGGUUUCGGAGUCGCUGUAGCCUCUGACAGUCACAGAUCCUUCCUGCACGUACCGAUUCCAGGAGGACCCAGGAAACCCUUCCUCGUCAGGGCUGUGCAACGGCGUCGCAAGAGCUGGGAGCCCCUGGCCCCGGCCACCAAUGGCCAGAAACCUUACACACGUACAUACCCCUCCUGGGACGCCCUGGCUGCUCACUGAGCUGUGAGAAGUAUCAGCAGGUCGAGCACCGAGCUGCGCAAGGAGAAGUCCCGGGAUGCGGCCCGCAGCCGGCGCAGCCAGGAGACCGAGGUGCUGUACCAGCUGGCGCACACGCUGCCCUUCGCGCGCGGGGUCAGCGCCCACCUGGACAAGGCUUCCAUCAUGCGCCUCACCAUCAGCUACCUGCGCAUGCACCGCCUCUGCGCCGCAGCUGGAGCUCAUCGGACACAGCAUCUUUGAUUUCAUCCACCCCUGUGACCAACAGGAGCUCCAGGACGCCCUGACCCCCCGGCCGAGUCUGUCCAAAAAGAAGCCAGAGGCCCCCACCGAGCGGUGUUUCUCUUUGCGCAUGAAGAGUACCCUCACCAGCCGCGGGCGCACCCUCAACCUCAAGGCGGCCACCUGGAAGGUGCUAUACUGUUCUGGACACAUGAGGGCCUACAGGCCCCCUGUGCAGACUUCCCCCGAAGGGAGCCCCAACUUGGAGCCGCCCCUGCAAUGCCUGGUGCUCAUCUGUGAAGCCAUCCCCCACCCGGGCAGCCUGGAGCCCCCGCUGGGCCGGGGGGCCUUCCUCAGCCGCCACAGCCUGGACAUGAAGUUCACCUACUGUGAUGAGAGGAUCGCGGAGGUGGCCGGCUACAGCCCCGAUGACCUGAUCGGCUGCUCCGCCUACGAGUACAUCCAUGCUCUGGACUCGGACGCCGUUGGCCAGAGCAUUCACACCUUGCUGAGCAAGGGCCAGGCAGUAACGGGGCAGUAUCGCUUCCUGGCCCGGAGUGGUGGCUAUCUGUGGACCCAGACUCAGGCCACAGUGGUGUCAGGGGGCCGGGGUCCCCAGUCUGAGAGCAUCGUCUGCGUCCACUUCUUGAUCAGCCGGGUAGAAGAGACCGGAGUGGUGCUGUCCCUGGAGCAAACCGAGCGACACUCCCGCAGACCCGCUCAGCGGGGCACCCCCUCCCAGAAGGACGCCCCUGAUCCUGGGGACAGCUUUGAUGCCUCUGGUCCCCGGAUCCUGGCCUUCCUGCACCCCCCUGCCCUGAGCGAGGCCACCCUGGCCGCUGACCCCCGCAGCUUCUGUAGCCCUGACCUCCGUCGCCUCCUGGCACCUAUCUUGGACGGGACUUCAGUAGCUGCCACCCCCAGCGCACCCCCAGCCACACGGCGCCCCCAAAGCCCUCUUCCGGCCGAUCUGCCAGACGAACCACUCAUGGACAUGGAGAAUACACACAAACUCUUGGCCUCUGGGAAAGACCUUGAGGCUGUGGAGACAGAUCUAGAUAUAGCUCAGGAUGUCGAUGCUCUGGAUUUGGAGAUGCUGGCCCCCUACAUCUCCAUGGAUGAUGACUUCCAGCUCAACUCCAGCGAGCAGCUACCCAGGGCCUUCCGCAGACCUCCAGGCGCUGUCCCCCGGCCCCGCGCUCGGAGCUUCCAUGGCCUGUCGCCCCCAACCCCUGAGCCCUCCCUGCUGCCCCGCUGGGGGAGUGACCCCCGGCUGAGCUGCUCCAGCCCUUCCAGAGGGGACCCUUUGGCAUCGUCCCCCGUGGCUGGGGCUCGGAAGAGGACCCUGGCUCAGAGCUCAGAGGACGAGGCCGAGGGGGUGGAGCUGCUGGGAGUGAAACCCCCCAAACGGUCCCCCAGCCCAGAACCCGAAAACUUCCUGCUGCCUCCCCUCAGCCUGAGUUUCCUUCUGACAGGAGGGCCAGCUCCAGGGAGCCAGCAGGAUCCCAGCACCCACCUCCUGGAACUGAAUGAGCCCCUCCGCCUGGGUCCCCCGCUGCUCUCUCUCUACCCGGACGAGGACGCCGUGGAGCCCAGGAGCCACUUCCAACCAGCGGCAGGCUUGGCCCAGGCCAACUGAGCCAGCUCUGCGGGCCCUCUUCCCUGCGCCCUUCCACUCCCCAGAAAGGACCUCAGCCACACUCCACGCCGGCAGCCAAAGCACAGGAUGGGGGCACCAGGAGAGGGGCUCCCUCUCUCCUUUCAGUGGCCCCCGCCCACCUCGGGCCUACCUCAGCCCUCACCCCUCUGCCCCUCCAUGUCUGGGGGGCUUUCUGGGGUGGUCUCAGCUCAGUGACCUCUGGGAGGGGGUCCCUGGCGCCCUCCUCCUCCUUCUCUCAGGACUUCCCUUGCGGUUCUCUAUACUGGUUACCUCAUCCCUUUCUCCCACUCUCCUGGCUUGAUUUUGGGUAAUUGGGGUGGGGGAGGUAGGGGCUCGGGUCUGUGUUUCUGGGCUCUGGGGAGUAUUGAUAACCACAGUCACGUUUCUUUCCAUCCAUUUUUGUUGUUUUCACAACAGGGUUUUAAUCGCUAUGAAUUGCCUGGGGGCCCAUAAGAAUGCAGAACUCUGAUUCCCACCCCCCCCCCUUCUUCAGGUGUUAAUGGGGGGGGGGCCUCUGGGGCAGACCUCACCCCUAGCAACUUCAGAUCAACCCCUUAGCCUCCCAAGUGGCCACCCCACUCUGCCUGCCCCUCCCCUGGGAGCUUCUGCUGUCCUCAGUCUCCCCUGGGCACUGGCUUCAUUCAUGGGCUUCCUAUUUCCAGGGGCAGCCUCCAACUUCUACUGCUUCCAGAUCGUAUGACUUCCAGCUCUCUCCGGUUCUAGGCCACUCCAUUCCUGGCCUUCUCCGGUUCUAGACCGCACAGCCCCCCAGACAGAGUCUGGUUUCGAGCUCACAUGCUCCAAACCCCUCUGAUUCCAGACCUCACGUCGGCCAGCUCUUUCUCGUUCUGGACCUCACAACCUAAACUUUAUAUUGGUUCUAGUCUUCCUGACCUGUAAUACAUUUGGUUCCAAAUCCAGACUCCUUAAGCUUCUAAAUCAUGAUGCUUCAUGAUGCCCAGCUCCUUCCUUUUCAACUUUCUACUCAAGACUUGCUUUUCCAAUCAAAAAGAAGUAAAACGAGCUUUAUGUCUUGAUCUUAUAACCACGCUAAUACUUCCAGACCACACACCAGUUCUCUUUUGCUCUAGACCUCAUGACCUCCAUCAUUCACUGGUUCGAGGCUAUAAAACCAUCAGACCUUGCGAUUUCCAGGACCCUCUGAUUCCAGAUCUGAUGAUCUCAGUUUCCCCUGACUCUUGAACUUGGCUUCAAAUGUCUUCUGAUUCCAGACUUCAUCCUAUAAAUCCUCCUGGUUCUAGACCUCACAAUCUCCAAUGCCCUCUCUAGAUCUUAUGACUCCAAAUUACCCUAGAUCUAGAACUUAGCCUCCAAACAUCUUCUAAUUCUAGAUGUUGCCUUUAAAACAUUUCUGGUUCUAGACCCUACAACCCCCAGCUCCUGAUUCUAGAUCUUGACUCCAAAAUCUCUCUGGUUCUAGAACUCGGUCCUCAGACUUCUGAAUUCCAUUCUGUAUAGUCUAUAGAUUCCUCUGGUUCGUGGCCUCACAGCCUCCUAUGAUCUCUGAUUUCAGAUCAAAAUUCAUUUGGUUCUAGAACUCAGCCUCUAAGUGCCUCUGCUAGUGGACUUCACGCCUAAGCCCCUCCGUUCUUGAUCUCAUGUCCCUGAAGUUUCCCUCUCCUAGAACCACCACCACUGCCCCACCCCCAGCUCUCCAGAGAUGCACUUCCCUUUACUUGACCCCAGGUACCUGGGGGACCUGGGGCUCCCUUACAGUCCAGAUUUCCCCAGCCGCACAGACACACGCACAGCCCUAUCUGCAUAUCACGGGUGGGGAGAGAGGCCGGGACUCCUCAGUACUCCGCCACUACCUGUGUAUCCCCCUUUGCCCCCCACCCCAUUGCUACGACGGUGCUACUCUUGGUCUCCCCCGCAAAAAGGCCUCCCUCUCUCAGCUCAGUUCACCCCCACUUUGGAAGGCACUUCUCUGUUUUGUCCGGGGAUGGCCUGUCCAGAUUGGUGCUAUGGGGGAAGAAGGCUCUGGGCCCUCCUUCCCUCAGGGGGUGACCUGGGCCCUCGGUGGAGGGAACUGGACGGGGUUGGGGGAGGGGAAGGGACUGGUCCAGCCACUCUGGCUCUGAAACCCGCUAGUCUGUACACCAGCAUAAAGACUUCGCCUUGGUAGGCACCAGA